AUGUCUUCUGUUUGGCACAGUAUUCUCUCUCUUCAUGGGAACUACAAGAGGUUGGGUUACCUCUUAAUCUUCACUGUAAGUGUAUGUUGUAGUGCCUCUUUAAUGUGCCCCACCACUUGCAUCUGUGCCAGUGACAUUACGAGCUGCACCAGCAGAAACCUCUCAAGGGUGCCAUCAGCUCUUUUCAAGCACAUAAAAAGACUCGAUCUGAGUCACAACAGAAUUGGGGUUUUGGAUCAAGACUGGAUACCCAUGCUGCUUGAGAAGUUGAACACCCUCAUCCUCAAUCAUAACAACAUUUUCAGUAUUUCUAUUGGGAGCUUCUCAGUUAUUCCAAAUGUCAAGUACCUAGACCUGUCAUCCAACAAUUUGAAGUCACUGGGCAGUCCUAUAUUUCAGGAACUGAGAAUGCUGGAGGUUCUGUUGCUUUAUAAUAAUCAUAUUGCAAAGGUUGAUUCUGCUGCUUUUGGAGGAAUUCAUACCCUGCAAAAGCUGUAUUUAAGUUACAACUCUCUCACACGCUUCCCAAUUGAACUCUAUACUGGGAAAUACAAGCUCUCAGAACUUGUGUUCUUAGAUGUUUCUUACAAUCAGAUCCAGUCAAUACCAAUGAAUGGCAUGAGCUUAGUACCAGCCCGACACUUAAGUGGAAUUUAUCUUCAUGGGAACCCAUUUCAUUGUGACUGCAUACUUUAUUCCAUGCUGAACUUCUGGUAUCUUCGACAUUUUACUUCAGUGAAAGACUUCAAGACUGAAUACACAUGCAAUAAAGACUCCCAAAAACUGCCUUUAUUGCAGAACAAUUAUUUAAAUUGCUCAGAAAGCACCAUUAAUGGUUCUUUCCAUGCCUUUGGUUUUAUUCAUGAAGCACAAAUUGGUAAGAGGAUUAUAGUACCCUGUGAUACCAAAAUCAGUGAUGCUGGGACUAGUUUUAUUUGGAUCAGCCCAGAUAAUCAAGUUUUAGAGCCAGGAAAAACAACUGAACAGUUCAAAGUAUUUCAUAAUGGAAGCCUGGAAAUAGAUGAUGCUCAGUAUGAAGACGCUGGACUUUAUUCCUGCAUUGCAAUAAAUAAGAAAAGAUUAUUGAAUGAAACAAUUGAAGUAAGAAUAAAUGUCAGCAAUUUCACAGUGGACAAAUCUUACUCUCAUGAAACAUUUAACACUGCUUUUACAACCCUUGCAGCUUGUGUAGCCAGUAUUAUUUUGGUUCUUCUUUACCUCUACUUGACACCCUGUCCUUGUAAGUGCAAGUCAAAGAAAAGGAAAAGGCAACUGAACCAAAGUAGCACAUCUAAUGCAUCCAUACUAACCUCCAACACACCCCUCAAACUUCCAGCAGAUGAGAAGAAAGCUAGCUGUGGCAAAAAGGUGGUGUUUCUUGAACCUGUGAAGGAACCUAAACCAGGUCAAAAUGGAAAAGUCAGAAUGUUUCCCAAUGAGACUGUAAUUGCUGAAAGCAUCCUGAAAACACCCCGAAAAAAAUCAGACUCUAAUUCCACAAACCCAGCAUUCUCGGACAUGCCUUUCAUGCCAUCUUCUUAA